UGAAGGCAGCGAAUUGAAUGGCGAAUUGCUUGACGAGGUGCAAUCUGAUUCUGUGAGCGAGUGCUUCGUUUUGCAUCGAGAGAUUGAUUUCUGGUCGGGCGCCAUCGACGGAGCUAUGGCUGCCGCUGCAGUCGCUGCGUCUGGCUGCGGGGUCUGCCCGGUCAGCUGGAGUUCUUCGGCGGUCAAGAGGAGAGCUGGCGAAUCGGACGGGGCAGGAAUUGACAGAUUGAGUUUGGGCUCACGGGGAAGCCGAAUUCGGGAGGGUCGAGUUCGUUGUGACAGGCUUCUGAGGCCGCGCUUUACUCACUUGCUUGCGCGGAGGACGAUGGGGAGUGGUUCGGUCCUCAGGGCGAUGUCGUCCUCUGCCGCUCCCCAAGUGGAAUUGGAGUCCCGGCGGUCUGAAGUCUCGGAUGCGAUUUCGCAGUCUCUUUCUAACUGCCUGACGGAGACACAACUCGACGAGACCGUGAAGGGAAUUGGGAAGAAAAUUCGUGGCAAGGUCAGAGACAUCUACGAUGCUGGUGAUCACCUUGUACUGGUAACCACUGAUAGGCAGAGUGCGUUCGACAGAGUUCUAGCCUCCGUGCCCUUCAAGGGACAGGUCUUGAAUGAAACCAGUAGCUGGUGGUUUGAUAAUUCACAACAUAUCACCGCGAACGCGGUGGUUUCCAUCCCGGAUCCGAAUGUCACCAUCGCUCGAAAAUGCUCUGUCUUUCCUGUCGAAUUUGUAGUGAGGGGUUAUGUAACAGGUAGCACCAGUACAUCUCUCUGGACAGUAUAUCAAAAGGGCGUGCGCAACUAUUGUGGCAAUGAGCUUGUCGAAGGCCUUGUAAAAAAUCAGCGAUUGGACGAGAACAUCCUCACUCCAACUACCAAGGCCGAGGAUCACGAUAUGCCUAUUUCUGGUAAAGAGAUCGUGGAGCAAGGAUUGAUGUCGAGAGAGGACUACGAUGAAGUUUCUCGAAGAGCGCUUGCGCUUUUUGCAUUUGGUCAGGAAGUUGCAAGAAAACAUGGUCUUCUCUUGGUAGAUACGAAGUACGAAUUUGGAAAGACAUCUGACGGCACCAUUGUUCUGCUGGAUGAGGUACAUACUCCUGAUUCCAGUCGUUACUGGGUAGCUGCAUCAUAUGAGGAACGCCAAAGAUGUGGUCUGGAGCCACAAAAUAUCGACAAGGAGUUUUUGCGGCUUUGGUUUAAGGAUAAUUGCAACCCAUACGAAGACAAGAUCCUUCCAGAUGCUCCAGCGGAACUUGUCUCGGAGCUUUCAUGGAGGUACAUUCUUUUGUUUGAGACCAUCACCGGAAAGAAAAUUGAGCUUCCCAACACUCAGGAGCCCAUUCACGAUCGGAUAACGAGGAACGUAGAAAGAGCUCUUCAGGAACUACAGCAAUAGCCACUUUCUUCGGGUACACGCAAAUCGAAGCUUUUGGGAAAGUCGGUAUUUGGCUGGCUGCGCUGGUCACGGUUUUGGAAACAGGAUGUUUACAUUUUUUGAGCACAGUUAUGAAGAAGAGUACGGUGAACUGCGUAGGCGUGGUUUCCUUCUGUAGGUGUUCCGUUCCCUAAAGUUCCAGAAGGAGGCUCGGCCGUGAUGAAGUCGAAGUUCGCUGACAGUUCGUAGCUUCGCAAUAGCGCAGAUCUACCCUCGAGAUAAAAGUGUUCCUGAAGGUAAGCGACCGUUGUCAACGGGAAACUUCCACGACAGAUUUGCACCAUGGAAGUGAACUGCUGCAUGAUGCACUGUUGUCACGGGAUUUCCCUCUAGAAGGAACCACUGUAUCGUAUGUAUGUGUUGUAACGAAUAUUGGCACGUAUUUCCUGGACAGCAGCACGUGUGUGACAAGGAUCAUGAGAGAACUGUAGUCGGCGAUCCACUCAUUGCUCUGUCGCAGCUUUCAGGACACAGCCGUUUUGUUACUCGUUGUCUUCUCGCAUGUGGACUUUCUCACGUGAAUGGCCCAGGGAGAUUCCUCACGCUCGAAACCUGCUCUAGGUGAUGGUGCAUCGGAUGUACCUAUCUUAGAAUGUAGAGGACACUGAUGGCUAAUUUGAGGUUGCUCAGAGGCUUCUAGUUGUCAGGAAGAUAUGCAGGAGUUGUCUGCGAAUGAUUUUUUGCGCCAUAUCAUUCGAGUCUCACGCUUCCCUUUUCAAUGACACUCAGUCGCUGUUUGUUUCUUCCGGUAACUUGUAAUGAGAUUCCAAGGCUCGAC